UGUUCCAGUGUUCUGUGUUCUGUGGUUCUGUCUCACCUCACUGUCUGUCUUCAUCAGUGUCUUCUGUCAGUUUCAACCUGUGUGUACAGCGGAUUCCACACACUUGCAGUUUGUAGUGUUUUAAUCGUAGUUACCCUUGUUUGUUAGUGUCAGAAAGUUUGAGUGAAGGUUUCUUCUGUUGCAGGUUUAUUAACUUAAUUCAUCGAGUAUUACAAUGAGCCGCUACUACCCAUCCCAGUGCACCCCGACUGUGUUUCCGGCGGAUCCCUUCGACCCUAACGCUGAUGCUGAGGCACUCAAAGCAGCCAUGAAAGGGUUUGGGACAGAUGAGCAAAGUAUCAUUGACAUCCUUGGCAGACGAUCCAUUGUACAGCGGCUCGAGAUUGCUGAGAUGUACAAAACCUUGUUUGGGAAGGAUCUGAUAGAUGCAUUGAAGAGUGAGCUUGGUGGUAACUUUGAAGAUGCAAUUGUGGCAUUGAUGACUCCUCUGCCAGAGUUCUACGCCAAGGAGCUGCAUGAUGCCGUGGCAGGUGUCGGCACUGACGAGGAAGCUCUGGUCGAAAUCCUUGGAACUUUGAGCAACUACGGCAUCAAGGUUAUAUCCCAAACGUACAAGAAACUUUAUGACUCUGACCUAGAGGAUGACCUCAAGAGUGACACAUCUGGCCAUUUUAAGAAACUUCUUGUUUCACUUUGCACUGCCAACAGAGAUGAAGACACAGAAGUAGACCCAGAGGCCGCUGUGGCUGAUGCCCAGGCUCUUGUUGAUGCUGGUGAGGGCCAGUGGGGUACUGAUGAGUCAGUGUUCAACUCUGUGCUGGUGCAGCGCUCGUAUCCGCAGCUGCGCAGGAUAUUCCAGGAGUACCAGACACUCACAGGAACUCCGAUAGAGGAGGCGGUGGAGAAGGAGGCUGAGGGCAGUCUGGAGGCUGGCUAUCUGACCAUUGUCAAAAGUGUGCAGAACAAAACCAAGUUCUUUGCUGAGCAGCUUGAAGAUGCCAUGGCUGGUUUUGGUACCAAGGACAGGAAACUGGUCCGAAUUAUUGUUGGAAGAUCUGAGAUCGAUCUAGGAGACAUCAAGGAGGAAUACUUCAAACUGUAUGAGAAGCCUCUAGAGGAGAGAAUUGCUAAUGACUGUGGAGGGGAUUUCAAAAAGCUUUUAAUAAGAAUAGUCUACUAAAAAGAACAUCUAAUCGAAGAACUUCUGGGUUUAAGCACAUGCCUAUAGGGGACACGUCGGGCGAUUACAAACGCCUGUUGCUACUUUUGGUCUCCUAAACGCAGCUGCAUGCAUGGCUUUCACUAUUAGGCCUUAUAGCACAAAAACUUGUUACUUUUAUAGUUGUAUGUAAUAUAUAUCUUUGUUAGUAUUGGUGAUAUUUUAUAGAUAUUUAUUGUUCAGAGCUAUAUUAACAACUCUAUGAUAAGUGCCAGAAAGUUGUCUAUCCCUUGUAGCUGACACAUUUUUCUUUUGUGAUGUAUUAGAUGAGUUGUUAAAAUAAGGAACUAAGCUAACAGGUAAAAAAAUUUUAUGUUAUUGCAAAAAUAAAAUAAAAUUAAAGACAAAAUAUCUUACUUAACAUUGUUAUGGAAGUACAUUAAUUUAAGACAAUUUGAUUUGAGAUGGAUUAAGCAACAACAAAAGAAGGGGUUUUCUGGUUCUGAUUAUAAUGAACUUGUAACUUCAAUUGUUACCAAAUUUGAAACCAAAAUGAACAAAUGUGCACUUUUAUAGGCUAUAUUUUUUAUCAUUAGUUUUUAUUUUACUAUUCUUUUUUUAAGAUUUGUGUUUUUUUUUAUCAAAUUUGAUACUUAUGUAAAAUGCUAGUAGUUAUUAUCAAACACAACCAAUAUAGUCCACAUUAUUACUUUUAUACAAGCAAAAUCCCCUUACAACACAAAUGCAGGUUUAGGUAGGCCCCUACACACAACACAAAUGCAGGUUUAGGUAUGCCCCUACACCAGGUUUAGGUAGGCCCCUACACACAACACAAAUGCCGGUUUAGGUAGGCCCCUACACCAGGUUUAGGUAGGCCCCUACACACAACACAAAUGCAGGUUUAGGUAGGCCCCUACAUACAACACAAAUGCAACAACACAAAUGCAGGUUUAGGUAGGCCCCUACACACAACACAAAUGCAGGUUUAGGUAGGCCCCUACACACAACACAAAUGCAGGUUUAGGUAGGCCCCUACACCAGGUUUAGGUAGGCCCAUACACCAGUUUUUAUUCUUUUUUUCUUACUCAUUUUCUAUACCUCACAACUUUAUAAGCCUUAGACAUUGUCUGCAACUAAAAUAAAAUCCUAUUUUAAAGUGACUGAAAUAGGGAGUGAGAGAUUCUGAUUCCUUGUAUAUUUACUUGAUUUCAGAGUGAUUGUACUGGGGAAUUCAAAAGCCUUUUGGUCACAAUGCUCGGUUGAGCAUCUGUUUGACACAUUGAUGUCUUAGGUGCCUUGAGGUGACUAGACACAAUACCAACAUUGAGCGUACACAUAUUGUAGGUAGUUAGUGUCUAUUUAUCUUUUAUGCAGAAGUAAAAGGUGCUUUUUGAAAUAUUUUGCCCUAUUAAUUGUUACCAGACGAGAUGUUUUUGAACUUGAUCUGAGCACACCUCAGUGUAUUUAAAUAUUUUCAUUUAUAAAACAAGGGCUCUAUCUGUGUAUAAUUUGCAAAUAUUUUUAUUGUUUACAGAUUUCAAAAAUUUUGUUUUUAAAUUGAAUUUAUAUUUAUAUAUUUAUUAAAGACCCACACUUCGUCAAGAAUCACGUGUAAAGCUUGUGUGGAUUGUUGUAUAACUUAAAUUUGAGUUGAAGUAUAAUAUUUAAUGUAAUAUAUUAAAGCAUAAGAAAAGUAACCCCGCUAUGCACAAUGCACUAACAUCUAAGUUUUAUAGAGAGUGUUGAAAAAGUCUUAACACACCCAAAAAUAAAUUAAACGGCAUAAGAUAAAAUGCCGCAAAUUUGAACUUGGAUAACCGAGUGGAAAAUGGUAGCCGUUCAAAGAUAUCUUUAAUCUGCCAUUUUAAAUAUUAGAACAGCUGCCAUUUUUUACUCAGUUCUUUUGAACUCAAAUUUGUGGCAUUGUAUUCUACUAAUUAAGACCUUUAAUUUAAUGUGCAUAUUAACCUAUCCAUACAUUUAUGAUUUUUCUCCGACUUCUAGCAGGCCACUCCCGAGGAGGUACCGCAUAACUGAAUUAUGAGUUAACAUCAUAAACGUCAAAAAAACAUGAAUGUUAAAAUUAGAAAUUUUUUAGUUGCCCCCUAUCCGUUUAAAGGGGGAGGGUGCAAAAUUUUGAUUUAUUGCAAAAAGCUAGAAAAGUCAUCAUAUAAUGAUAUGUUGAAGUUUCAAAAUUUUAUCUUACGCUGUUUAAUUUAUUUGUGGGUGUGUUAAGACUUUUUCAACACUCUGUAUAUUCAACUUUGUAAGGUACAGAACAAAAUAUUAGUAGAACAAUGUAUUGGAAUAUUUGGAAACAAUUUGACUUUAUUUGUUAUGUAGAGAUUUUGUUAAAAUAUAAUAAACAAAGCCUGAAAUUGUUAUAUUUUGAUUACUGAAUUUCAAAAGCAUUACAAAAGAAUUUUAAAAUUUUCCCAAUUUUCGGCUAUUAUAACCGUCAGAUUUAUAUCAAUUAUUGGUGUUAUGCAAGGUUUUAUGGCUGUCUUAGUCUAUGUAUAUAUACCUACAGUAUACAAUACAAUUUCAUUUAUACCUCAUAUCCUCAAACUAUUUACAAAUUAAAAAUUAAGCAAUUCUUAGUCAAUUUUUCUAAAAAACUAGGCCUCCCUACAAUAGUUCCUAGAGGUACAAACAAGUCUGAUAAAAUGUCAACAGGGGUUUGAAUAGGCUAAUAUAUUAUUACCAUGGGAUCACAUCAUUUGUCCGAGUUUUCAACUGUCCGAGUUUGUUAAAAAUUACAAAAUUUCAUUUUGUGUAUUACAAAAUUAUAAAAUUAUAAAAUUAAAUUAUUAUUAUAAAAUUAAAAUUAUUAUAAAAUUAUUAUAAAAUUAUAAAAUUAUAAAAUUACAAAAUAUUUGAAAAAUCAUUUGUCCGAGUUUUCAACUGUCCGAGUUUUUAUUAUUAACUAAUAAUAAUUAGAUAAAUCAACUGUCCGAGUUUUCAUUUGUCCGAGUUUAUUAAAUUAUUUUAAAAAAUAUCGAAAUAUCAAGUGUCCGAGUUUUCAACUGUCCGAGUAUGGCUUAAAUAAUAAUAAUAUUUCGUUAAAUCAACUGUCCGAGUUUUCAUUUGUCCGAGUUUUUAAAUUAUUUAAAAAAUAUCAAAAUAUCAUUUGUCCGAGUUUUCAACUGUCUGAGUAGGGACAACAUCAAAAUGUGACACUGCGCGCCGAGACUAGCGUGUCUAAAGCGCCUGUUCAUAAGUCGAUGUGAACCCCUUCUGUGAAGGAGUCAGGCAUUGUGCGAGCCGCGAGAGCCCCUCACGUCGAAUUAAAAAAAUUAUUUUAUUUUUAUAUAAGACUAAUUUUACUAUUAUUAAUUAUAAAAUUAAACUCUCAUCACCUAACACAACCAACCAAACUUGCUGAUAAUAUAAAAUACCCCCGCCAUCAUUAUUAUAUUAUCAGCAAGUUUGGUUGGUUGUGUUUGGUGAUGACAGUUUAGUUUUAUAAUUAAAAAUUGUAAAAUUAGUCUUAUAAUAAAAAUAAUAAAAUUUUUCUUAAGUCGACGUGAGGGCCUCUCGCGGCUCGCACAAUGCCUGACUCUUUCACAGAAGGGGUUCACAUCGACUACUGAACAGGCGCUUUAGACACGCUAGUCUCGGCGCGCAGUGUCACAUUUUGAUGCUGCCCCUACUCGGACAGUUGAAAACUCGGACAAAUGAUAUUUUGAAAUUUUUUUAAUAAUUUAAAAACUCGGACAGUUGAUUUAACGAAAUAUUAUUAUUAUUUAAGCCAUACUCCGGACAGUUGAAAACUCGGACACUUGAUAUUUUGAUAUUUUUUAAAAUAAUUUAAUAAACUCGGACAAUUGAAAACUCGGACAGUUGAUUUAUCUAAUUAUUAUUAAUUAUUUAUAAAAACUCGGACAAAUGAUUUUUCAAAUAUUUUGUAAUUUUUAACAAACUCGGACAGUUGAAAACUCGGACAAAUGAAAUUCACCCAUUACCAUGAUUUUGAUUGAUUCUUUUAACUUUCAUAUGGUAGGCUAUUUAUUGUAAUAGGCUAUUGUAUUUUUUUCUGCUAUUUUUAGAAAUGCAAUAAAAUAUUUACAAAGAA